UCAAAACAAAGGUUGAGGAGCGAAGAUGGAUUUCCCGUUUAAAAUUUCAAAUAGUUUACCUUAUAUUUUGCUUCCAAUUUUAUGUAUAUUUUUCGACGAAGCGCUUAAGAUAUCCUGGAUCAAUACCAAUGAUAUUUUAAGAGCGCUUGUCGACAACAGCGGUCAUGGAACAAUAGCAUUUUUAAGUUGGUUGGCAGUCGCAGGGAUUGACAAAAGAGGCCUUGCAGAAAGUACACUUUGUUGUUUGAUGGCUUGUGCUAUUGAUGUGGAUCAUUUCAUUAUGGCAAAAUCCUAUAGCCUCAAGGAUGCUUUAUCUUUGCCCAAAAGGCCACCAUUCCAUUCUACAUCAAUUCUUGUCCCAAUACUUCCAUUAACUAUUGUUUUUGCCAUAUAUUACCCAACAUUCUGGACAUUACCAUUCCUGACCACAGUCUCGGUUAUUUCCCACCAUAUCCGGGAUGGACACCGGCGUGGGAUAUGGUUUUGGCCGAUUGGUAGCACACCAGCAAUACCAUACUGGUUAUAUCUAGUCACUAUUGUCCUGCUGCCAUUGUUGACCACAUUUUUCAUAGUAAAAAUAAAUGCAAGGAUGAGGGUAGAUGUAACUAGCAAUGUGUAAAACAAAGGUUGUAUAAAUAUUAAUGCCUAACACUAAAUUAUUUUGAUUAGGGGCCAAGCAUUGGGUUAUUGAGAUGCGAUACACCCUACAUAUUACUCUCAUUGCCUGACAAUUUUAUUUGCCAUAAGAAGCAUCUUGUUGAACAAGAUUUAAUAAUACAAACACUAAUUAUCAAUUUGAGACAACACUUUACCUGAUAAAUGCAUUCAUUACUGUACAUGGUAAUAUAUUUGUUU